AUGGAGGAGGUAAGAUUCCGCCAUUGGAGAGUUAGGUCUGCUACUGUUGGCACCUUCCAAAACCUUCACCAUCUUCAGAAGCGAGAACCCGUAUCGGAGGAAGAUGUAGAGCGAGUUAGCCCCAUGAGACAAUCUCUGAACGAACGGGUUCUCGGAAUCGGCGGUCAGAGUCUUGAGAACGAACUUGCCGUCGUCUCAAAUCCCUAG